AUGCGGUCGGAGGAGUGUCACAGCUUAGCCAGUUUACUGUUGUUGAGAUUUGUUGACCUCGACGCAGUGACGACCGAGGGCGAGGUUCUUUCGGCAUUGCGGGCGGCAAUACCAGGAUCUGAAGACGACCAAGCUGCAAUUUGCGAACGACAGGCAGUUCAGAUCAUUGGCCUUUGGUCCACCACGUCUGGCCAGAAAAUUGUUACCGCCAGAAUGACCAGAGCUUCUGCCACUACUGUAACCCGCGUCCCUAUUGGAUGGACAAUGUGCCGCGUUCGCCCUAGGCGUCCUGAACCCGAAAAGUGCUUUAGAUGCCACGGAUUCGUUCAUCGGAGUGAGAAUUGCUCCGGGCCCGACCUAUCGUUGAAUUGCAGACGCUGUGGAGAACCAGUACACGAACUUAAAUUAUGUUUGGCGGACAAAGACCGAUGUGUUGCGUGUGAGAGAGCUGGCAUUGAACGUUUUGAACAUAAGCCAGGUUCAGGUAUGUGCAAAGCCAGGAAGGAGGCGCUCAAGAUACUAGCUGGGCACAAUUCGCAAGCGCAGUCUCAGCGGGUAGCCAGCGGAGAUGGAGCACGCUCGAUGCAAUGA